CACGCUUCAACAAGAAGAUUUGAAAUUCUAGGACAUUUCUGCACUGUGUCCCUGUCCGAUAAAGUAAAAGGUCUUAUCGCAAGUCCUAUUUCCAUUCACCCUGCGCUUGCAUGUGCAAAUAAACGCCGAAUCACACACGACGAUUGGCCAUCUCACGCCAACCCCCAGGUUAAGCCAACCGCCAGGAUUUAGCUAGCUCGUCUAGCGGCAUUUCUGCUCCAAACUAACAACUCAGCAACCCCGGUCGAACUCCAUUUCAUCACGUUGAUGCCCGUUCCGCUGACGCCAUGUUCAGCUUGUCGGGCAGAAGCGUCACCUCUGUUCAUGAGAUUGAAGAAAUCCGCCGGGAGCGCAAAGCGAAGAGAGAACAGAAGAAAGAAGAAGAAGAAAAGUCCAAGGGCGACUGUGACAGCCCCCGAACAACUGAGGAAAAGGACAUUCCUAGCAAACGAAAGGAAAGAGACAGGCCGUCCCGAAGGAAGACCUCGAGCGGAUCAAAAGAGAAGGAUCGCAGCGAGAAACGCAGUUCACCUAGGAGGCAGCGACGGCCCCCGAGCUCGCUAUCGUCCGAGGCAUCGUCUGCCCACCGCACGAUGUCUGGUGUUGUGCCUGAGAUGGAUAGGCGGCCCUCUGGCUCACUAGCCUCGUCUGGUGUUGGGAGCUAUCCUAAGUUCUCUCCCAAGCACAGCAAAGAAGCGGUAGGCAGCCGAGACAAUAUUGUCAAUCCGAGAUUAUCUCUGUACACACCAGACCCUACGGACCUCGGAUCCGCCAAACACAUACCAGAACGAAGAUACCCUUCCGCAGGUACAGGUGCGGCACCACCGAGUCCGCCUCUGACAAUGACUGAGCCGGAAUUGCGACGGUCUAGGAGCAGCAACAGUGUCAAGAAGACACCGUCACAAACGCGCAUUGCGUCGCCUCCACGGAAAAUCAGCCUAGAGAGAGGUAUACAUGAAAAGAACAAUCCGCGCCGUACGUCUUCGUCAUCUUCACUUCGUAAACGAGCAGAUAGCGAGCCACGCGCUGUUCGAUCCGGCUUGCGAAAUGCAAGUCCGGGAAACAGAUCGAAAGAAGAGCUUAUAGCUACAGGCACCGAUAUUAGUUCCUCUUCCUAUGACGCGUCUCAGAACCCUGGUACACAGUCCACGGCUGCAAGGUCUACAGCUACAUCUACUGCUACUGAAUCGACAGUGGAGCCUGUUCCACGAAAAAUGCCUCCUCCACCCUCUCGUCAAUCAACAAUGACUGUUCCUCAUGCACAGUCAUCACCUUUGUCCGCUCCUGACUCUUCGCCUCGUACACCCACAACGAACGAAGCGCAAUUUGCACCAACGUCAAAUCCUAUGGGCAAGGCUCAGGUCAUAGAAGUGGUACCAGAAGCUGCGCUCCCCUCGCCUUACUCAGCUCAGUCAAGUUUUGUCCAGACGCCGGUCUCCGCGGGAUUGUCCUCUUUUCCUCCACCUCCUCCGCCGCCGCCUCCUCCUCCGGCCCUCAACCAACAUAUCGAGACCCCACGAGUCGACUAUUUGCUACAGAAUGGUGGUCUACCUCAUCUUGUGCCAAAACGGUUCACUUCAGUUCUUGCACCUACAGCUCCACAGCAAUCACAGUAUUCUAAUUUUAUAUCACCGCGCGCUUUUGGUCCCCAGCACACAGAUGUCAGAAAUAUUUUCUUGCCUCUGCAAAGCGUGCUGGACUCUUAUUUGCAGGUUAUUCACAAAAACGGAUCUAUCGCGGUUGCCACGGGUUAUAAGUCGGUAGCUCGUAGGCUACUUGAUCGUUUGGAGGCAGUUUUCAACCGCAACAUAUCUUCUGAGACUUGCGAGUGCAUAAUGUGCGCGAACGAUGAAAAUAAGGACAUUAUGUCGGAGGAUGAAGGAACCGGUAUCAGUUGGGGGGAGAUUCUCGAAUUUGUCUCCGGGAGGCAGGAGCUGCCAACCUGGCCACCUUUUGAAAUCGCACACGAUGUUCCAGUUUACGAAAUGGGUACGGAGGCUCCUAUGCAGAAGAUGGAUAUUGACGUCCCGCCGGAGUUCAGGGAUCACUACAUCAAGCAAAGCAAGCGAACUAAAGAUGCGGUCCAGAGAUGGCUCGCUGCUCAACCUGAGACAAGGUGUAGCCCGCCACAAGAAAUAGACGACGAGACACUAAUGUUCGCAAUGAUCACACAUCUCGAGCCAGAAAACAGGAAGCUUUUCACUGCCCUCCUGCGCGGCAUGUCGACGCUGCCAGUCUCACGAGCGCCCACACCGGCUGAAACUCCAAAAUCUGAACUUAUGAAGCGGACGGCUCUUUCUUUACAGCGUUUGUAUCGCCUGGAGAAACCGCCUCGUGACGCGGAAUGUGCCAUCUUUCUUCUCCGGAAUCCUCAUCUUCACAGAGUCCUUGCUACACUGGCUGCAGUCAGCGCUGGUGAGUGGGAGAUUCUCAUUUCGGGACGUUUUGAUGGUUUUCUGUGGAGCGGGGCCGAAAGCGUGGACAACCAAGGUCCAUCUCGCGGGCCUACACCACUUUACCGGAUGAACACGCCAGGUAUACCAUCACGAGGCCCAACACCAAUGUCGCGAGGUCCGUCCAGAGGCCCUGUGGCAUCCCCUACAGCCUCCUCCUUUGGCGCGCCAGUACAGAUGGACGAAGAGACUGAAAUCGCUGUACUUGCUGAAGUCGAGCGUGAGAUCUUCAUGGGCAUGGACGCGCUUGAAGAUGCUUUCGAAGCCUUGCACAUAAAAGCUGAAGAAGUUCGCGCAGCCUUACGAGCGCGCAGCACGGGGCUCAGCGUUGCAGCUCAAAGACGACGCGGUUCAUUUGCACAAGGCCUUGAGGCUCUAUCAGCUACGCCUUCCGUCGGGACAGGCGUGUGGGGGACGAGUGGAGUAGAUGAGGACGACUGGUUAGAUGACAGCAGGAGCGAGCUGAGACCGGACGACUCGGCAAGCAACAUCAGCUAUGGAAGGAGGCGGCGAAAGCACCAUCGCGACAAAGAAAGAAGGGAGACUCCGGCUCCGGUGGAGGAGGAAGACGAAGAAAGCGACGGAGCUAUCAAGACGCACGUCAAGCACAGCCCUAAGGAAAGAAGACGGUGAUGACACAGCAUUUGGAGAACGGUUGCGGACUGCAUUUGGGAACAUUAACGAAAUACUAGAGAAAUGAACGACAGCAUAUGUGUUGCAUAGCACUGGGCGCAAGCGCUAUUUUUGGGCAAAGGGAGAAUAUUGCUUUAUCUAGAUGAGCCGGGCAAGACGGACGAGGAUGGCUCAGCCGCCCAAAAAAAUAUCGAACGUAUUGUGCGCCUUCUGAACGUCGAAGUAACUGCUCCGUUUUCAAGGUCAGAACGCAACUGUAGAUUAUCCACAAGCAACCACUCAAGC